UCGCGAUAGAUAGGUAUGGUGUACGUCAGUUUUGUCAAAGAAAGAGUACACUAUAUGCAUCGUGGAAUCGAAUGAGUGCACUCAAAAAUGUAUACUUUGAAUCCGAACACCAGUAAAAAUGGAUGUCACUUCAAAUAGUGAACUAUAUUAGAGGGCUAUUUCGGACACAGCAACUGUUUGUUGUUCUUCUUCGUUGGUGUUUUCAGAGGCUUCAGCUAGUACGCGUCGUCAGGUUAGUUAGAUGCGGAGAGCGUUAUUUGCUGGAAUAAAGAAGACCAGUGAAAUUUGACGAAAUGGAGGACCACCCGUACUGUGCACUGGAGCCGCCAAAGCGUCCGUCUCCGUCGGCAGAGCUGAAACGUGUUGCAGCCAGACAAAGACGGGAGAGGCGGCGGCAGAAAUCAAGGGUUAACAUCGGUGUGGCUUUUCCUAGAUGGAGGGCGCUGAUGCAGGACAAAUGUUUUCAAAGCGACGCCGAAGUUGCCUGUUAUCUGCUGGACCGCGUGUGUGGUGAACAUCUUUAUGCUGCUCAGAGAUAUGAAAGAAGAUUGGGGAAAUCAACACAUGUACCUGCACCACAAACUGAGGAGCGUGAGAGCGAUUCAUCUCAUUCCAGUGAAGAACAUCAGUCCUCGGGUGAAGAAAUAAAAGUCCCGGAGAUCUGCCAUGAAGUCCUUCUCCCGUGUGAAAGAGAUGCAGCGGCGCAGACAAAAUUGAAGUCAGAAGACCAGCUAAAGUCUGAGGAUCAACUGCUUGACCUACAUGAUUGCCAGGAUUCUCUUUUUCCAACAUUACGCAAUGGAAAUAUUGUUCCACAAUGUUCAACAUCACGCACCACAAAAGAUAUCAAAGAGGAACCAGUAGAGACUGGACUACAACCGGAAAGCAGACGUGAGGUCAGCACAAGUCCUGUGGCUACAUCAGACAAGAUCAAUGACAGUUUUGUACAGACGCCAAACCCAGCGAUAGUGGACAACAGGAUAGGACAUAAGGAAAUGCCCAAGAAAUCCCAUUUAUUGACACUGUUCCCGACCUGUCUUCAAUGUGGAGGACCAGUUCUAGAGUAUACAACCGUAUCAUUUGGGAACCAUAACCGCCUACAGUGGAAAUGUUCAAUGGGACACCUCAUGUGGCUUUUCCCCAACAGCAAUCCAACAUAGACAUGUUUAUCAAAGCCUGAAUUUAUGGAGUAGUGUGACCAAAUAAAGAUUUAUUUUGAAUUAAACUUA